AUGCAAAAAGAAGUUGAUGCCAUUGAUGACGACAACAGAAGAGUGUUUUCUGAGGAUGCACAGAUUGCAAUCACAGUCGAUGAAUGGUCGUCAAAAAAUGCAUCAUGUUCAUUGCUUGCGAUUACCGGUCAUGCCCUGGGAGGGGACUUUUCGGAAAGAAUCAACGUGGUGUUGGACUGUGCUCCGCUUGAGGAGGAUAGCCACACGAGCGAGCUGGUAGAAUCGAAAAUAUUGGAGAGCUUGUCUAGACUCGGAAUUGCCAAAGAGCGAGUGUCAUUCAUGAUUGCUGAUGGAGCAUCGGUUAUGGUGAAAACAGCAUCCGACCUAGGCAUACAAUACAUCCACUGUUGUGCUCACGUCAUUAAUUUAUCCGUGGCGGCUGCCCUUAAUCUUCCAAUGUGCGCGCAUGUUCUGAAGAAAGUGAAGCACGUGGUGUCCAAGCUAAAUAAGAGCGGAAAGUUGAAGAAAAUGUUUAGACGGUUUCUGAACGAAGAAAACCUCCCGAAUGUUGUGCCAAUGAAUGAUGCUCCAACUAGAUGGUCCAGUACAUACUUCAUGCUAUGUGACUUCCUAGCCGCAAUGCCGGUAGUUGAAAGAUUGCUGUCAACUUGUGACAUGCUGCCGUUUGAGGAUGGGGAAAUACGGAUACUAAAGGCAAUGAGAGUAUUCUUACAGCCGUUUCAGGCUAUGACUAACCAGGUGUGCUAUCAAACGUCUUGCUGUUCAAUGUUCAUUCCAGUAGGAAAACUUUUGAUCGCGAAGACUGAAGAGAAUCUAGCAGCUGCUCGAAGUGAAGGACUGCAGUGGCGAGAAAUUGUUGGGGAUGAAUGGCGAGAAACUGCUGACCACUUCUUGGCGUGUAAAAGCAAUACUCUUGACUCAGCGGACUCCGAUGACGAAAGUUAUGAAAGGUCUUCUACCUCCAAAGGAUCGGAUAUGUGGUCUUUGAUCACAACACAAAGUACUACCAGCACCCCCUCAAGAAGCUCACAGAUGCAACAGGAAGAUCUUCAGAUGGAGUUGCAGCAGUACACUAUACAUCUGAAUCGAGGAGACGCACGACCAAGUCCUGAUGCAGACCCAGUUCAGUGGUGGCGCUCUCACAAAACUCAGUUCCCCCUAUUGGCAUCAUCAGCAGCUGAAUACCUCGUCGCGCCUUGUACAUCCGUAGACAGCGAAAGGCUGUUUAGCACUGCUGGCAUUAUCUAUGGCAAUAAAAGGAGAGGGCGACUCACAGCAAAACACGCAAGGCUUUUUUUGAUGAUCAACGCUAAUUCGAAUAAGGAAACCAGUAGGUCAUGCAAAGCUUGGACACAAAAGGAAGUCCUUCGUUAUGGAUGCAACUACGAGUCGAAUGCAGCUCAUAGUACAUCGGAGGAAUCAUACUCUGAUGACUCGGAAGAACUGGAGGAAGAGGACCCAUAUGUUUUUGAUACGCAAUAA